GUCCCCUCCCCGCGUCCCGGCCCGCCCCCCCGGCCCGGCCAGGGCGAUGGCGCUCAGCCCCCCCCAGCGCCGCGGCGGGCGGGAGGCGGCGGGCGGGCAGGCGGCCGAACCCGCGGGGCUGCCGCUCCACUCGCCCUGGACCUUCUGGCUGGACAAGUCGCUUCCUGGUACGACAGCGGCUGAAUGUGCAUCAAAUUUGAAGAAGAUUUAUACCGUACAAACAGUGCAGGAUUUCUGGAGUGUCUACAACAACAUUCCCCCUGUGACAAAAUUGCCUCUGAGAUGCAGUUACCAUUUAAUGCGGGGAGAAAGACGGCCACUUUGGGAAGAAGAAAGCAAUGCCAAAGGAGGUGUAUGGAAAAUGAAGGUCCCUAAAGAAAGUACGGCUGCAGUUUGGAAAGAGCUACUGUUAGCAACUAUUGGAGAGCAGUUUGCAGACUGUUGUGCAGCAGAUGAUGAAGUAAUAGGGGUUAGCGUCAGCGUUCGUGACCGUGAAGAUGUUGUGCAAGUCUGGAACGUGAACGCCUCUUUAGCAAGUGAAGCAAAAGUUUUAGAAAAGAUACAUAAACUUCUGCCACACACAUCUUUUAAAGCAGUCUUUUAUAAAUCGCACAGAGAGCAUCAUGCUUUUGAAGGACAACGCGGAAAACAUUAAGAGCAGUUGGUGCCAAGCUCAUUUGUUGUUAUUUGGUGUUUUGAGGUGCUCUGGACAAGGAGGAGGAUGGUAGAAGCCCUUCAUAAGCACUACAUGCAGUCAAGUUUCUAACAUUUCAAACUGGGAAAAUGAGGAAAAACUAUUGCCUUAACCUCUAAAUGCACAAUUAGUUACUUCUUGUUUGGUUGGGGUUUUUUAAUUCCUCAUAAUUUCUUUAAAAAGAUAUUUUGGCCACUUAUUUUUUCAAUCAGAUUACAUUUGUUUCUCUUUCUGAACAGGCUUUCAUUUUGUUCUGUAUUGAGUUAAAUGCGAACAAGCACAAAGAUGGUAUGCUGCUUUUUCUAGAUGUGUGCUGUAUGUAGAAGAAUACUGGCUUGGUGAAAUCUGUUUUUAAUUUUCAUUUUAAAACAUUCCUAUCAUGUUAAGAUUUACUCACUGAAUUUGCCCCAAGAGAGAAAGGAAUUGCACCGCUUUUAUUUUAAUAUUCAGUGUAAUCUGGUCUUGCACUGACAGUGGAAAAGUGUUCACUAACUAAACAACUAAAGAGAAUACAUUUAUAUUGGGACUAACCUUGCAUGGGAUGAUGUUAAUGAGUGUUUUAAUUGUAGUGAUUUCAGAAGAGCCCCUGUUCAGCCCAGAAUGAGAGAUCUUUCAGUAGGAAACCCUGUAAACUUGACAUCUCUCUCAUAUAAGAGGGGGUGGGUUAUUUUAACGUUUUUAUAUGAUAUGUGUUCUUAUGAUAUUUUUCUGUAGAUUCAUGAUGAAGUGUCAUGAAUCAUUUCUAAGGGAUUAGACUAACUGGAUGCAUCACUCACACUUCUGUGAGUACUUUAGGGCUGUGCGUGCACCCAGACAUCCAGAUCACAACUGCUGCUGACUUCGGUGCAAAGGAAGAGAUCCCAUCGUGUGUGGCUUCAAGCCAUCAUGACUUCCUAAGUGACCUUUUAUUAAAAAAAUAAUACACAGAAAAUAAAUUUAUUUUUGUGUUGCAGCAUGAAUAUUAAUACAAAAUGUGUUUAAUUAUUUGUCUAUAUUAAUUAUUUGAGGCGUUAGUUUAUUUUAAUAUACUACCAAAGAUUGCUGUAGUUCCUUUUACAAGAAGCAGCUGCCAGGUAGAGAUGAGCAUGCACUCUGCUGAGCAUUAAUUCAUUAUUAAGAGGUUUGUGUUUGGCAAUUGUUCAUGUUGCACUGAUUUCCACAUCUUUACUGUAUUAAGAGGCAGCCAUUAAAAUCAAAUAAAUUUAAAAAUAAGAAUCACACAUUUCUGACAUUUUUUUACAGCUUUAUCUGUAUUUAUGAACUAAAACUGUGCAGUUAAUGAGCACCGUGAAUUAAACAAAUUUUCUAAAA